GAGUUGUCCUCGGCCCCUCCCCGCACAGCACCUCUGCGCACGCACCAGCGUCGAGGGGGCGUGGCCCGGGGUGGUGCGACGUCCUAGAGGAGGAGCGUCGGCGCUGGGUAUCCAUGGCGAUCGGACGCGGCCGGCUCCUGCAGCUGCAAUGGCAAUGCCUUUUGGCGCGGCCCCCGCCGCUUGGCUGCUUUGGCUCAGCUUUGGGGAGCCCCGGGGCUGCUGCGGGGCGCGCAGGGUUCAGGUCUGGAAGGACGGAGAGAGAAAGUGUCUAAAACUUGGAAGCGUGGGAACGAGGCCAGGUGCCAUGUUGCCCGCAGGCCCCACUGCCCUGAGUCUCCGUGCCCGGCAGGACAAGGUGUGCAGAAGGCCCAGCGCAGGCUGCUCUGCGUCCCUGGACAGUUUGCCCUCAGAGGUCCUGCUGAAGAUCCUGUCCUACCUGGAUGCGGCGGCCCUGCUGUGCGCCGGGUGCGUGAACAGACGCUUCUAUCACCUGGCCAACGACAAUUUUAUUUGGAUCAGAAUCUACUCAACUGCCUUUUCACCUAGAAGAUCUCAUUGGAGAGUUGAUCCGGCAGAGAAGACAGACUUGUCCAUGAACUUACUGUCAGCGGGGGAUAAAGAAGCUGGAUAUUGGAAGAAAGAGUAUCUUACAAAACAGAUAGCGUCUGUAAAGGCGGCUCUAGCGCAGGUUCUCAAACCUCUGCACCCCCACACAGGCCUCCCGGUGAAGACCAAGGAGGCCCUUAGAAUGUCUGGCCUGGGCUGGGUGAUCAUCCUGAGAGGAGCCGAUGGGCGAGAGUACACCAUGGAGCACGCCGACCUCUCCAUCAACGACUCCUCAGUCACCGUCGUCUGGUAUGGCAAGGACUGGCCGCCUCUGGCCACGCUGUCCACCCUGGACCUGUGUGGGGCGACGCCGGUGUUCAUGGGCCAGUCCAGAACCCCCAGCAGGAUCAGACCCCGAUGGCACUCUUUGAUCACCAAGUACCAGCUGAGCCAGCUGACCGAGUCCAGCGCGGUGGGCGGCGACAGGCUGAUGCGGGUCUUCUGCCUGCCCCCCGGCCUGGUGGUGGGGCUCUGGAAGAGGGAGGAGGAGCUGGCAUUCGUUAUGGCAAAUCUGCAUCUCCACUGCCUCGUGGAGAGGAGCAUGCUGGGGUCGCCUGCUGUCCCCUACGAGCUACCUCCUCACACACCCGUCUCAGACGACAGCCCCGAGCGUGGACUGCACGGCUAUAGGCUCCACGUGGACAUGCACAGCGGGGGCGUGUCCUGCCUCUGCGGCUCCUUUCGCAAUCUCUCCGCCAGCAAAGGAUACCUUGAAAAUGAAUACAUGAAGCUCACUGUGAUAAGUUUUAAAAAUAACACAGAACACCUACCUCUUAUUGGAAAAGUUGGCCUUUCUUGGAAAACUAAUAGUUUUGAUGGCUGUAUAAAGAGUUGCUCUAUAAUGGACGUAACUCUUCUGGAGGAGUACGGGAAGCCCUUCUGGUGCUUCAGUUCCCCGGUGUGCGUGCGAUGCUGCCCCGGGCCCUCCGACGGCCCUAAUUUCUUGGGGGAGGCGUACUAUGUGGACUACUCGGAUUCGGAAGGAAGGCUGCACAUGGAGCUGGUGUGGGUCGAGGAGACGGAGGAGUACUUCAUCGUCAGCCUGGCCCUCUACCUGCGGUUGGCAAAAGUAAACCAAUGGUUUGGGACACAAUACUAAGCGGUAGCAAUUGGUGGCAAAUUAUUAUUGCUGUUUGUUUUCAUCGGACUAACUGGUUUUGUUCCUGGUUUUUGUCGUGAGUUAAAAUAAAGCACUGGUCUGUUCAGUA